CGGUCUAAGAGCUCAGAGUCACCUGAGGAGACAGAUAAUCGGGGAUGAGUGAAGCAUGAUUUAGCUGCCUGAGGUUUGUCGCUUGCAGUGACAAAGUACAGUGAGCUGCUUGACUACUUCGUCGUCGUCCUCCUGACAGAAUACACGGUCAGAGACGAUUUUCUGGAAAGAAGAGCGAGAGCUCUCGCUUUCGCUGGCGCGAGAGAGCGAGAGAGAGAGAGAGAGAGAGCGAGCGAGAGCAAGAGAGGAGGUGCAUACGAGGAAGAGAUAGAGUGGGAGAAAGAUCGGCAGAAGGUUUUUCGGUGGACAGUGCAUGGGAGCAUUGCUCGAAGGGAACUGAGGCUGCAAAGAUUGGAGACUGAACGUCGGUGUCGAGGCGACUUCGGUCGCCAGAAUGAGAUCAUCCGGAUCUCCCGUGAGAUUGGGAUGAUUGUCUCGAUGAGGUCGCCGAUUGCGCGGUCGGGGUGAGAAGGAGCGAGCGUGGCGAGGCGUGCAGGGUUGAGGCCAGGGAGACGAGGCGAGGCGUGGAGAGGCCUGGAUGGGUGCCAGGCAGAGGUGAAUGAAUGCAGAGGACAGCCGGACGGCAGGAACAUUGGCGGACUGAGAGAGAUGGAGUAAAGUUUGUGUUGGAGAUUUUGUGGUCUGGCGUAUCGAGGUCUGGUUUAUCGGUUGCGGUGCAUGGAUAGCGAAUUGGCAGCUGUUGUCGUUCCCACUCAUUAUUUGCGCAUCUUGUUGACCUGUGUUUCUACCCGAGGCUGAGGCAAGGGCUGGAAGGAAGGACAGAUUCAAACUGAGAUACAGUCAAUUAUUUCUUCGUUUGGGAGAUUGGUCGUUCUGACUCGUAGGUCUUCUGCCUGGUAACUUGAGUGCUCCGGCCACUCGUCAAUGCCUUUCGAUCUGGGACUUUUAACCGCUUUACGGAAUUCUGUAGCAGUGACGCUUUGAGUUCUAGAUUUCCAGAUUGGAGAUUGUGGUUGUGGUCUGCGGUGUGGACCAUGCGAGGAAAGAGCACGCGUGCAGCUGAUGAUGACAAUUCGAGUAUCUGCUCCUGAAACAUAUCUCAGGAAAUAACGAGUUGCAGUCCGACUUUGGGCUGUGACUUACCGCAGAUGAUGAUUUAAAGACCUCGCGUUCUGGUUGAACACCUGAUAUUGGAUCCAUAUCGGACAAAGAGGUCUGUGCGAGUUUUCAGGGCGGAGAACCACUUCGUCGUAGUAGUUCUGAACUUAGUGAGUGUACUCAAAACAUUUUGGCAAUCGAAAGGCGCGCUCGGUUUAGGGCAAGCAGCAUGAUCAGUCUCAGCAGGUGCUGUAGCUUUAAGCAAUUGCAGGAGGAUGAAGCUCCUGCGGACAAAUUUUCCCUCCUUUCUCCCCUAUGAAGGUUAAAGCAGGAGAGGGACAUGACGAUACCAAUAAUGGAGGGAUGGAUGCACAGGUAUGGACGCCGAAGGAUCGGCCGUUCCUUUUUUCACAAGCGGUACUUCGUAUUGGAGUCUCAAGUUCUUGCCUAUUACAAGCGCAAGCCUUUUGAGAACGGGCGACCGCAGGUCCCUUUAAAGUCCCUCAAUAUCGAUGGCAAUUGCCGAGUCGAAGACAGAGGACUCGAGACUCACCAUGGGCAUGCGGUCUAUGUCCUGUCUGUUUUCAACAAGAAAGAACGCGCCCAUCGCAUCACGAUGGCCGCACCAACAAUUCAAGAACAAUCAGCAUGGAAAGAAGUUCUUGAGCAGGUUAUUGAUCAGGUGAACACCGGAAGCUUGAGGAUUGGAGGGCAGUCUGACACUCAACCCAAGAGCAACAACUUCGAGACUGAGAGGACAGCAUCAUCAUCUGAUCGGGAUAGUCAGGGUACGGGACAAGAUGAUGACGACGAAAACGACAAAAAGUCCAGACUACGGAAGGGGGCCAAAGGGCUCCCCGAUGCAGUACACGACUGGAGCACUUCAGCUGAAAAUAGGAAAUCAGAACGUGCGCAUGGAGCGAGGAAAUUUUGGCGAUUGGUUAGAUGCCAAAAUGGCUUGCGAUUUUUUGAGGAGAUUCCUGAUGGCAUUCCGACUAGUCGCUACAAGGAAAUGAAAGCUGUUGGAGUUGUAGAGGCAUCGUGUAACGACAUUUUUGAGCUGAUUAUGAAUAUGGAUGAGACGCGCUAUGAAUGGGAUGCCAGCUUUCAUCAUGGGAGUCUGGUCGAGGAAGUCGAUGGACACACUGCUAUUUAUCAUCACCGUUUGGAACUAGAUUGGUUUCCAACAUUCAUUUGGCCUCGCGACCUCUGCUACUCGCGUUACUGGCGGCGUAAUGAUGAUGGGAGUUAUGUAAUUUUGUUUGUUUCCAGGGAGCAUAAGAGCUGUCCUGAGCAGCCUGGUUGCGUCCGUGCACAUAUGGAAAGUGGAGGCUACACUAUAUCACCCCUUAAACCUCGACCCGGAUCUGGGGAACCUAGAUCGCGAGUGCAGCAAUUAGUACAAAUUGAUUUGAAGGGUUGGGGCAUCGGUCUUCUCCCUUUCUGUCAUCAACAUACUGUGAUACAAAUGCUAAACAGUAUAGCUGGCCUAAGAGAAUGGUUCUCGGAAGGUCAAGUACCUCCUCCUAUGCAGAGAGUAGUGAAAAUGACCCCAGAAAUUAUUGAACCAAGGAAAGGCAGGAAACGGUCUGCUAUUCCCGCCAGUGUUUCCAUGGACGCAAUUUCUGACAGUGCUGAUAGAAUAAUGGACGGCAUGCUCGAUGACACUGAAGACGACGACGAUGAUCCCGUACCGCAAAUCACUGACGAGCUCUUCAAUGCUGCCCAAGCCAAGCCAAACGAAGUCUCAGUUCGUACACCUGACGAGGAGCCUUCAUCGCAACCCUCAGUCCGUUUAGAUCUAUCAACAGUGCGUGGAACACUGCAGAAGGGUCAUGUCGAGACCGGUCGAAAUUGUUGGAGCAUCCCCAGUAGCACCCUUUUCCGCGUCCGCAGCAAGCGAUUCCUUGUAGAUAGGUCAAAGUGUCCAGCAGGUGAACCUCUGAUGGAGCUUCUUGCCGUGGAUUGGUUCAAAGAUUCGAAACGUAUGGAUCACCUAGCUCGACGAAAAGGUUCUCCUGCACAGGCAGCAGCGGAGAAAGGCCUCUUCACCAUCGCGUUCAACGUGCAGGUCCCAGGGUCAGCUCAUUACAGUAUGGUUUUCUAUUUUGUGGCCGUUAAGCCAAUUGUUCGGGGUUCUUUAGUUCAUCGGUUUGUCGAAGGUGACGAUAGCUAUCGGAAUAGCCGCCUCAAGCUCAUUCCUUCGGUCCCAAAGGGGUCUUGGAUAGUCAGACAGAGCGUUGGUAGCACCCCGUGCAUUUUGGGAAAAGCUGUAGAUUGUACUUACUAUCGUGGUCCACAGUAUCUCGAGGUAGAUGUGGACAUUGGCUCGUCCACCGUUGCGAAUGGUGUGCUGGGACUAGUUUUUGGCGUUGUGACUUCGUUGGUUGUGGACAUGGCCUUCCUUGUUCAGGGUAAUAGCACAGAAGAGCUACCCGAACAUUUGAUUGGUGCAGUGCGAAUAUCUCAGCUCGAGCUUUCGGCUGCCAUGACACCUCCUCCAGAGGACCCUUGACUGAGGUCAACCAAGCCUUAUGAGUUACUGGCUCGUAACUUACCCUUAAAUUCUUUCCACUUUGUAGAGCUUCCUUGUGCUUCUGCAGAGCUCCAAAUAAAAGGCAUAUUUCGCCAAUUUUGAAGAUACGUACGUUCAAAUUGAUUUGGGAACUUGUUGAGUUGACCAAUUCUGUGCAGGAAAUGAUUAGAACAAGUGAUGCCCACUCUGGCUCACAAGAGUGCGUUGGUUUUGGGAACAAAGCAGAAAGUGUGGAGCUUUGUUAGCACUUUGACUGCGGGUAGUAGAAGGGGGGCCUUACCUACGGGGCUAGGAAUCGUGGGGAGUUAUUCCCACCAGCCGACCAACAGUCGUUUUGCAUAGGGAGAUUUGUGUGGAUAUCCUGGACGUAGAAGGUUUCCUAUUCCGAAGUCAAGGGCCGCACGAACGAUCCACACUUACUCCGUAUUCGAUGAUCAUUUAUCUAUUGUAUACGUGUGAUUAAGAGUCCUCAUCGGAGGCGAAUGUAUCAUGUUCAAUUUCUUCACCAACGUAGGCCGAGAACGGGAAAUUCAUUAGUGUGCUUCUUCAAAUUUCGUAGGGAAAGUUUUCAGAGGGAAAUGGUGGUCAAGCUCAGAGCCUGGGGUCUAAACUCUCGGGACUUCGUCUAUAUUGGCUUUAUGGAACACAAAUCUGAAGAUUACACGAUAUGGUAAACAUUGAUAUGUCAACAGCUGAAGGUUUUGGACCUUGUGUGAAUUUG